AUGGAUCAGUAUCUCUGUAGACUGUUUCCUAUUUGUUUGGUGAAACUAUGCUGUAGUGAUAUUCGAAGAAUCAGUGUUAGCACGUUUUCAGCAUUCUUCAUUUACACCAUGAUUUGCAUCUCCAAGAUUGGAUCUCCUAUAUGUAUUCCUCAAAAGGACUUCAUUGAUAUUGGUCGUAUUGCAUCCAUUGAGAACAACCAUAAGCCUGUUGAUUCUGCAAAGAAAGGCCAAAGGGUGGCCAUUAAGAUAGUUGGAUCUAACCCUGAGGAGCAACAAAAGAUGUUUGGUAGGCAUUUUGAAAUGGAAGAUGAGCUUGUCAGCAAAAUUUCAAGGAGGUCUAUUGACAUACUCAAGGCCAAUUUCCGGAGAGACCUCUCAGUUGAGGAUUGGAGACUUGUCAUGAAACUGAAGACCCUCUUUAAGAUACAAUGA